CUAAGGUGAUGCGAGUGGGUUCGAAAAUGGAUGCAUGGGGAUGAGUCAAAGGUUAAUUUCCUUUUUUUUUUUAGAGUUCCGCUGGUGUCCGUUACCCGCAUAUCUCGGAAUGAUCUCCGGAUUUCUGAACCCCCCGCACAAUCACGAGGCGACUUCGAUUCAAUUGGCAGACAUGGUCUAGUGCCAUGUCUAGUGUCUGGCGACUGGGCACAAAAAAAAAAGGAUUGAUCCAAUCGAUUUCAGUGGUUGUGCGAGUCCAGGCCAAGAAUUUAACAUGCAAAAAGGUCGUGCCCGGGAUCGAACCGGGAUUACAGGAAUCAGAAUCCUGGGUGCUAACCAUUACACUACACAACCAAUUGUCGAGGAACGGCACAAUGUUUGCGUUUGUGGAUCCAAUCAUAUUCUUGGAGCCCUGUAGUGCAAGCUAGUUUCGACACUUUGACAGGAGUAAAUGGCAAAGCAUUCGAGACGAACCA